CCUGUUCAGAGUCGGUGCGGUCACGGAGCCCGGGAGGAGGUUCCAGGGCCGCAUCUCGGGUGCCUGCGCCAAGCCGGGCUGUGUGCCGCCAUGGCCUCAGUGCAGCUGGAGAAACACCAGCUGACCCCUCCGGGCGGCGGCGACGGCGGCUCAGCGUCUGCCCCGGCUCCUCCCUCGCCCGGAGCCGCGACGGCGACGGCGACGGCGGCGGCGGCUAGCCCUGGUUACCGGCUUAGCACGCUCAUCGAAUUUCUGCUGCACCGGGCCUACUCGGAGCUCUUGAUGCUGACGGACUUACUACCAAGGAAAUCUGAUGUGGAAAGGAAAAUAGAAAUUGUACAGUUUGCUAGCCGGACACGUCAACUCUUCGUUCGACUAUUAGCUUUAGUAAAAUGGGCUAAUGAUGCUGGCAAAGUCGAAAAGUGUGCGAUGAUCUCAAGCUUUUUAGAUCAGCAAGCUAUCUUGUUUGUGGACACCGCUGAUCGCUUGGCCUUCUUAGCUAGAGACGCACUAGUCCACGCACGCCUGCCUAAUUUUGCUAUCCCGUAUGCCAUUGAUGUGCUGACUACUGGCUCUUAUCCACGGCUUCCAACCUGCAUCAGGGAUAAGAUUAUUCCUCCAGACCCAAUUACCAAAAUUGAGAAACAAGCCAUACUUCAUCGGCUCAAUCAGAUUCUUAGACAUAGGCUUGCAACAACAGAUCUUCCUCCACAGCUAGCAAAUCUUACAGUGGCAAAUGGCCGUGUGAAGUUUCGAGUUGAAGGAGAAUUUGAAGCAACUUUGACGGUAAUGGGUGAUGAUCCAGAAGUUCCAUGGCGCCUUCUCAAGCUAGAAAUUCUAGUUGAGGAUACGGAAACAGGAGAUGGCCGACCUUUGGUUCAUAGCAUGCAAAUCGACUUUAUUCAUCGUUUGGUGCAGUCUCGGCUCUUUGCUGGUGAGAAACCUCUUCAGGACAUGUACAACUGCCUACAUUGUUUCUGCUUAUCACUUCAAUUAGAAGUGUUACAUUCCCAGACUCUGAAGUUAAUCCGAGAGAGAUGGGGCAACCUAGUCCAGGUGGAAAGGUAUCAUGCGGGGAAGUGCCUCUGUCUCUCAGUUUGGAAUCAACAGGUACUAGGGAGAACAGGCUCAGGAUCUGUUCACAGAGUUACAAUUAAAAUCGAUGAGAAUGAUGUCUCCAAGCCUUUACAGAUUUUUCAUGAUCCUCCUUUCCCAGCUUCUGAUCCUAAAUUAGUGGGAAGAGCUGUGAAGGUGGACCACUUAUCAAUAGAAAAGCUCCUGAUUGACAGUGUACACUGGAGAACCUAUCAGAAGCUGCAGGAACUGAAGGCCAUUCCCUGAAGCUUCAAUGCUAAAACUGAGGGCGCUGAGCCUGAACCAGUCAAGUGUCAGAUGUCCCAACAGAGCUGACUUCAUUUUCGGAGCUAACCUUCUCUGCGUACCAGAAACGUCUGCUGGCCACUCUUAGAUUUGCAGCCUGUGGGCCAUACAGGUUGUCCUGUACUCCAGAGACUCCCCAGUUUAUACACCCUGGAUUGGCCAUGUUCAAGCCAAGGGGUGUCUCUUGAAUGCAUUGGGGAGUCAAGAAAGCAGACACUGGCAUCUAUACUGGAGGACUGUGGUGUCUCAGUGCUUUGAAUACUGCAUUAAACACCCUUCAGGAGGGCAGAGGCUGCAGAAGUUGAGAGAACUCCGCCGGACCUGAGCUUCAGAGUUUUCAGUCCCACCAGCAGAGAACCUUGCAGCAGACAGGUGGCUACAGAGGUUGGGCUCCCUGCUGACCUUGGGCUCAGGGCCUGUAAGACUGCAUCUAUCCUCAGAUGAAUGGGGUCUGUUAUCACCAUCGACCACCAGACCACCGCCGGAGCUGCAUGAACUCAGCGUGUCCAUAUCUGGCUCUCC